AUGCACCAGCAGGGGUCGUUAGUGGCCCCUGUUCUUCCAGACUACUGCCAGUGUCCGCCCCGGGCUGACCCUGGCGCUGGAGGUGGGGGUGGGAACGACCCCACCAAAGUGCCUCCAUCUACAUUUACUGGAGACCACAUGGACUACGCAUCAAACUACUGUUGUGACAUUUGUGGAGGACCUGAACAAGAACACCGAUUCAAAGUGCUUUUUCAAGUCCUUGAUGUAAACGGAGAUGGGGGCAUUUGCAUUAACGACUUGACCAUCGGGCUGAAGAAACUGGGUGUCCAUCGCACCGAACAUGAAUUGAUGAAAAUUGUAAAAGCUGGUGAUAAAGACUUGGAUGGGCAGCUAGACUUUUACGAGUUUGUGCAUUAUCUCCGAGAUCAUGAAAAGAAAUUGAGACUUGUCUUCAAAAGUUUAGACAAGAAAAAUGAUGGGCAUAUUGAUUCUCAGGAGAUUAUGCAGUCCCUGUCUGAUCUUGGCGUGCACAUUUCUGAUGAACAGGCCGAUCAAAUUCUCAAAAGCAUGGAUAAAAAUGGCACAAUGACCAUUGACUGGAACGAGUGGCGAGAUUACCACCUUCUGCAUCCAGCAGACAACAUUCCUGAAAUCAUCUUGCACUGGAAACAUGCCACUAUUUUUGAUGUUGGGGAGAGUUUGGUGGUUCCAGAUGAAUUCACAGCCGAGGAGAAGAAAACCGGGAGGUUGUGGCGCCUACUAGUGGCAGGAGCAGGAGCUGGGGCAGUGUCUCGCACAUGUACUGCCCCUCUGGACAGGCUCAAAGUACUCAUGCAGGUCCACGCCUCGAAGAGGAACAGCAUACACAUGGCCAGCGGGUUUUUCCAGAUGAUUCGAGAAGGUGGUGUCAGGUCCCUCUGGAGAGGCAACGGAAUGAAUGUAAUAAAAAUUGCCCCCGAGUCAGCGAUCAAGUUCAUGGCCUAUGAGCAGAUUAAACGGCUGAUUGGAAUUAAACAAGAGACUCUGGGAAUCACAGAGCGGUUUGUGGCAGGCUCUCUCGCUGGGGCAAUUGCUCAGAGCAGCAUCUACCCCAUGGAGGUUCUGAAGACACGUUUAGCACUGGGGAAAACAGGACAGUACGCAGGUAUUUUAGAUUGUGCCAAACAUAUUUUGCAAAAAGAAGGGGUGGCUGCUUUUUAUAAAGGUUAUGUCCCAAACUUAUUGGGAAUCAUCCCCUAUGCUGGUAUCGACCUCGCUGUGUAUGAGACCUUAAAGAAUUCUUGGCUGCAGCGAUUUGCCACAGACAGUGCUGAUCCAGGUGUGUUUGUGCUUUUGGCAUGUGGCACUACAUCCAGCACCUGUGGGCAGCUGGCGAGCUACCCUUUAGCGUUAGUGCGGACACGAAUGCAGGCACAAGCAACUGAUGGAGGUCCUCAAAUGAAUAUGACCACCCUGUUUAAACAUAUCCUAAAGACUGAAGGGGCCCUGGGACUCUACCGAGGCCUGGCCCCCAACUUUAUGAAGCGUCAUUAUUACUCCCGGAUCACAGGGGUUCGUGCCAAAUAUCGAGAAAAGUGCCUUGCUGACAAGAGAAGAAGUUUGCGCCGCAGCACUUUGUUUGCACAGCCGCAGUCACGGGUUCAGUCAUUUCCUUCUCAUGAGUCUAUGGCACAGACGUGA